CGGCGCCAUGUGAUGCCCUCUCCUCCCCGGGCUCUCCCGGCGCGGCGCGGAGCGGAGCGGAGCAUCCCCGGGGCCGCCGCCGCGUCCCGCCGCGGAGCCGCUCCCGCGGGGCCGGGCAGGAGCUGCCAGCACGUGGAUGCAGAGACCUGCCUGCCAUCUGCCUGUCCCUGUGUCCCAGCACCCUGCAAGCCUCCUGUGGCUCAGUCAGAGGGGGAGAGCUGAGGCUGUGCCCUCCCUUCAGCUCCUGCCUGUUUCCAAAGCCAUCCCACUCCCAGCUCCUCCCAGACCAUCCAGCAGCUGAAGCCUCCAGUGAGGACCCUCAUCCUUGCAGCUGAUCUGCCAGAACUGCUCUUCCCACCUUCAGCCCCAUCACAGGUUCUCCAUUUGCCAAAGCAUCCCUUCAGCUGGGGUGAACAGAGGGCAGAGCUUGGGGCUCCGUGCUGGGCGCUCCUCCCGUCGCGCGCGGUGCGGCCGAUGCGGUUGGCGAUGAGCGCGUGCAGCAGGAAGGCGCUGACCCUGCUCAGCAGCGUGUUCGCCGUCUGCGGCCUCGGCCUGCUGGGCAUCUCCGUCAGCACCGACUACUGGCUCUACCUGGAGGAGGGCAUCGUCCAGCCCCAGAACCAGACGGCCGAGAUCAAGCUCUCGCUGCACUCGGGGCUCUGGAGGGUCUGCUUUCUGGCAGGUGAGGAGCGUGGCCGGUGCUUCACCAUCGAGUACGUCAUGCCCAUGAACAUCCAGCUGACCUCUGAAUCCACAAUCAACGUCCUGAAGAUGAUCCGCUCUGCCACCCCCUUCCCUCUGGUCAGCCUCUUCUUCAUGUUCAUCGGCUUCAUCCUGAGCAACAUCGGCCACAUCCGUCCCCACAGGACCAUCCUCGCCUUUGUCUCGGGGAUAUUCUUCAUCCUCUCAGGUCUGUCACUGGUGGUGGGGCUGGUCCUCUACAUAUCCAGCAUUAAUGAUGAGAUGCUCAACAGGACCAAGGACUCGGAGUCGUUCUUCAAUUACAAAUAUGGGUGGUCCUUUGCCUUCUCUGCCAUCUCGUUCCUUCUCACAGAGAGUGCCGGGGUGAUGUCCGUGUACCUGUUCAUGAAGCGCUACACGGCCGAGGACCUCUACAGACCCCACCCCGGCUUCUACCGGCCCCGCCUGAGCAACUGCUCCGACUACUCGGGGCAGUUCCUGCACCCGGACGCGUGGGCGCGGGGCCGCAGCCCCUCGGACAUCUCCAGCGAGGCGUCCCUGCAGAUGAACAGUAACUACCCAGCCCUGCUCAAGUGCCCCGACUACGACCAGAUGUCCUCGUCCCCGUGCUGAGCCCCGCGCCCCGCGCCGCGCCCCGACUCCGUCUGUCGUUUUUUUAGGCCGCUCUUUCUGGCCAAUUCUCUAUUUAUAGGAGCGGAAAUAUAACCAGAGAGAUUGGUUAUAUAACCAAUAGUGUAACCUAGAGAAUUGGGAUGUUUCCCUUUCUUUGUUUUUUGGGUUGUUUUACUCCUCCCUGCAUAACUAAGGAUCUCUCCUCUCUCAGCUCAUCCCGCUGAGCAAACAGCAGUUCUGCCUGGGGGAUAAAUCCAGGGCUGGACUCAAGAGCAGGAAAAAGAAAAUAGAGUAGAACUAAGGAAAAAAAAAAAGGUGUAUUUUUUUGGUGUAGGUAGGUAGGCUGAUAAAGUUUGUGCAUUCGACUGUAUCAUUGAGUUCUAUAUUUACUGGCCUGAACACCAGCAGGCAUAAAAGAUUUGUGUAACUUUCCAAAAAACAACCAGCAUUAGAAAAAUAUAAAUUUUGUCUUGACUGAGCACUUACUGGUUGGUAUCUCUCACUGCUGGAUAUCACUUCCAGCCAGGCUGGAAUGGGAAAUAGCCAUCUUUCCAUGAGACCUCAGCAGGCUUGGACACCAGCAGCUCGUUGUUCCUCUAUGGCCACUUGGAAACUGUUGCUUAAAUAUCUCAUGUUGGACUGGAGGCACUCUGGGGUGCUGGGCUGGAGGGAUGGCUCCAGCACCCAAAUUUCCUCUGCCAUCCUAUAGACAGGAGGUCUGAAGCAUAAAUGGGAGAAUUUCAGUGCAGCAUUGAGUAGAAAACAACCUAAAUAUUUCCCAUGGGAAACAUCAGGUGCAGGAUUUAGUGGAAAGAAGUUAUUUCAGUGAAAGGCAAGACCCCAAACUGGUGUAAAGUGAUGUAGCCUAGAUUAUUGGUACCAGUCCACUGCAGCAAAAUAGUUGGCUUAUUUUACAUUUUGGCAAGAAAAUGGUAAUUUCUCUGGUUCGUUUUUUUGGGUUUGGUGGGUUUUUUGGGGGUUUUUUUGUUUUUGUUUUUGUUUUUGUUUGCUUGUUUUUGGGUUUUUUGUUGUUUUUUUUUAUGUGUGUUUGUAUUUAUUUUGAGAUUUUAAGUUUGAAAAUUUCAUUUGAUGCUUUGGCAUUUUGGCCUUAGCCAGCUGCCAGGGGAAAACACCACUGCCAUUGAUGGAAAACAAAGGGCAGGGAAGGAAAAGGCUGUGAUCCCUCAUGCGAGCCCCAGCUUGUCACCUUGCAGGAGAAAGAGCUUUGCCCAAACUUUAUUUCUGUUCUUGUUAUUUUCAACCUUUCUGAAAAUUUCUGUUCUGCAGAACAAAACCUUCUGGGGACUCUUGGUAUAUUUGAGCUUGUUUUGUCUUACUGUUAAUUAAAAGAAAUAGAAUAUAUGCAGUUUUAACCUCAUCUGUAGCACACUGCGUAAUGAAUGUUGGACCUCUUGGUUGUUAUUAUUUAAUAUUAUUAUUUUUUAUUUGCUAUUAAAUAUUUAUUAUUUACAAACUCCUCCAAAGCAGGGGCCAAGGCAUGGUGCAGCACCACUGUUUGCAUCCAUUACAACACCCAUUCCACAGGACAUCACUGCAGGAGUGUAUCCAGCCAGCUCUGGAACAGGAUUACUCCUCUCCACAUCCUCCAGAGAAGCAAGUAAUGCAGAUUUAGUGUAUAUCUGGGUAGAUUCCUAAUUUGCAAAGUUUUAAAAUCAGGGCAAUAUUUCUGUAGACACAGUUCUGUUCACCCUCAGUUUCUGUAUGACCCUCAAGCAUUUUUGUGCUCUCCCAGUUUUUAAGUGCUAGGUGACAGGUUGGCUGCUGGGAAGGUUCAGGCACCAAAGCACAACACAGCCCCACCCUCCAGGAACAAAUAUGCUGGUCCUCACCUGCC